CUGGUAACAAAUUAAAAACUUUUCUUAUGCAGAAUUAAUUAAUGACUAACGAGCUCAAUAGGGUUCAUCAGGCGGAAGCGUUGGAGGGAGACGGUGAUAUGUAAAUGAGUAGGGAGAGAAAGGGAGGGGUGUACCGCCUGGAGUUGAAUCAAUUUAUGCUGGUCCAUUUAGUAAAGCGUCAAUUUGACGCGGGAAAGGUCGUGUGCACGGGGCUUUAUUUUGUGGCGGGAAAAAGCACGCCUCUCGUAAAAACUUACGCGCGCUCUUUUUAGUGGACAUUUUUAAAGUGAACAAUAUAUAGAAAUAUAUAGUAUAAGUUGAGUGAGGAUCUGAAUUUAGACCUGCAUAUAGAUUAGGUAUUGAAUUUUUCAGUUAUAUUUUUUAUGUGACAUUAAAAUUAACUACAAGUGCAGUGAUUAUGUGAUUCACAGUGCGUGCAUGGCUAUUAAUACAGAAGGGGACGAUAGGCCACAUUAUAGAUGGCGACAUAACAAGUGCAAAGGGUGAUGAACUCUAGUGAUAUCAGACCAGGCUGCCAUGGGGAAGUGAAGCCAUGGGGUCAUCUUAUGUCAGCAAAACAACCGACGCCGGUGAUUGGUGGAGGGCCAAGCUCGUCGUCGUGGUCAUAUCUUUGACAUGCGCGUACGCACAGAAUAUAUCCACGUGCUGCGUAAAAGCCCACGGAUCAUGUCGGAGUGUCUGCGAAAAAAUGUCGGAGGCGGAGGAGGGGUCGGCGACGCGCGAGGAGACGCUGCCCAACAUCUACAAGUUCUGCACUCCGCAACUUGUGGAGUUCUGGAUCUGUAUGAACAGGACUAUUGAGGAGGUAGUAGCGAGUUCCGACUCGGGCUGGUGGGGCCGCGUGUGCUGCGAGACGGCGCGCGCGCCGGGGUGCCGCGCCGCCUGCGCCGCCGCCGCCAACGCCACCGCGCUGGCUUGCAGGCGGUCUGAUGAACUGGCUUUCUUUGAUUGUGUGGAGAAGCAGGAGGAUGCUCAGCGGUGCUGUUCUCAAACUCAAUCUCUGAGUUGCCAGGCGGCCUGUCAGAAGGUCCUCUGGCGCCUGGGCCACGACCACGUGGAUAUCAACGCCAAAGACAAGGCAGAGGAGCAGUGCGAGCAAUCCCCGCCCUUAUUGCAGUGCCUUAGAGACCUCACUGCGUCCACCGUGCAUGAGGACACUGCUAAAUACCUACCCUGCUGCCACGAAUCCCACAACCUGGCCUGCCGGUCCACCUGCCAGUCAGUCCUACGCCACGCGCGCCUCUCCCGAGACAUCCUCGAGGGUCUGGAGCCGGCGUGCGGGCCUCCGUCCAUACGAGACAACAUGUGGCAGUGCUUCUUGAGGCAGGACGGCCCGAGGGACCACGAUGUGCUGCCUCAUGACGCCGCUAAAAUGCACUGCUGCUAUAAGGCGAAGACGAUCCACUGCAAGCGUCUCUGCUUCGACACGUUCAACGCGGGCUGGCUCGCCAACUGGCAGCAGUUCUACUCCAGCUGCCGCGGCGACCCGCAGGAGCAUGACCUCACGCAGUGUCUUGAAGAAGUGGAGGCGCCCUGCUCGCUCGGCUGCUCCGGUCUGACAUACUGCAGCCACAUGAACCAGCGACACACGGAGCUGUUCCGAGCCUGCACCGCCGCGGCCGACCUGCACGCGCACCUCGUGGUCGCCGACCAGAUGGUCAGCGGAUACGUGAAGCUGGCGGACUUUAAGCUGCCGCUGAAGAACUCGUCCCAGUGCACGGCCGACGUGUGGAAGAGCGUCGCGUGCGCGCUGCACGUUAAACCAUGCACGGCUAAGUCUCAAAGCAGCCUGCUCUGCCUAGAAGAGUGUCUCUCCCUGGUCUCAGUCUGCAUCGACUGGUCGCGCGCGCGAGGCGUCUCCGCGCGGUCAUUGUGUGCACGGCUGUCGCACGAUAAAGAGCCUUGUGUGUCUAGGCAUACUGCUACUGACUUUAGUGUAUCCCCUCCCCUGCUGUCAGCGCGGGAGGCGGUGACGUCACCGUGCGCGGGCGGCCCCUGCAACUCCUCGCAGCUGUGCCUCGCGAGCCGCAGCGGCCGCGCCGGGCCCCAGUACACUUGUGUCGACGGAUGUCCGCUCGGUGGCGACAGUCCCUACAUAAUCCCGGUCGGCUCGUGGGCGCGCCUGCCCAUGCCCAGCGCGGGCAAGAAGGUGUGUUAUAAGAUCUGUCGGUGCGGCUCGCGCGGGCUGGGACGGUGCCAGCCGCUGCCGUGUGUGGACCUGGACAGCUGCAAGCUGUAUGACAAGAUUAUACCGCACCGCUCAACCUACUACAUGGAGUGCAACCCGUGCGCGUGCUACCUGGGCGAGCGCAUAUGCGCACAGCGGGCGUGCGGGCGCGCCCGGCUGCCCACCGGCCUGCCCUGCAACUGUCCCCCGCACCACCUGCCCGCGCGCACCGCCGCCAGGGCCUACCCCAACGUGUGCUUGGCCAAAUGCGCGGGCGCAACGGACGCGGAGAUCGAGUUCGGAAUCCGAGCAGCGUGCGACGGCGCCUCGUGCGGGCGGCGCAGCGUGUGCCUGCCCGCGCCCACCGUGUGCCUGUCGCGCCUGCAGACUGCCUGUCCGCAGUACGUCUGCGUGAACACGUCCUCCUGCAACUCGCAGCCGGCGAGCCCCGUGUGCGACGUGGACGGACGCACGCACGCCACGCCCUGCCACCUCGCCACGUAUGGGGCCAAGCUGGCCUACUGGGGACCCUGUCUGCACGGGUGUAACUCUAAGCGCCAAGUGUGCGGUGUAAACGGUGUGACCUACACGUCUGAAUGUGCGGCGUGGGCUGACUACGCCAGUGUGGACUACUACGGGUCAUGCCAAGCAGUGGGACCUAUAUCCGACCUCAUGGAGCCAAAGUGCACUGUUGACCAAAUCGUAUGUCCACGCCUGAAAGCGCCUAACUGCCUAGGCUUUACGGCUCCAGGCGCCUGCUGCCCCAAGUGUGGCGGAGCGUUAAGAAUACUAUACUCUAAGAAACAAAUAGACAGGGCCCUUUAUGGUACAAAUAUUUCAGCUUCCGUCAUAAACCUGAAAAAUAUUCUAUCCGCGCUCGAAAGACAUGUGAAGAUAGCUGAAUGCGCUUUGAGAGGCUAUUUGACGUUUGAGACUGAAUUCUACGUGACGGUCGAGUCGGUGUUGCAAUUCCCAACGGAUUUGCAGUUGACUGUGUGUGUGUUGGAAGCGGAGAAGAUUGCGGACUUGAUAAAUAGAGACAGCGCUGUCAUAUCCAGUGACUUAGGCCUGAGCUCGCUCGCUCUUGCUCUCAUAGAGCACAAAUAUCCAACUAGUGGGAGUGAAACGGUUAGCAUAUCAAUGUUUUCACUGUUACUGUCAUUUAUUAGCAUUUAUUUGUUUUGUUAAAUACGAUGUAGGUAUGUAAAUAUUUGAGAUUAUGUAAAUAAGGUAUAUUAUAUUGUGUAAAUAUGGGUAGGUUAAAGUAACUGUUACACCAAAUAUAUUACGUGCCAUUUAAAUGAAUGAUGGAUUUAGAAAAAGAUAUUUAUGUACAAGAAAUUAAGUUGAUGCUUUUAUCACAGUAAAAUUGUUUUGUGAGUUCGCUGUGCCAUUGAUGUAUGUAUUUUUAUUAUGUUCAGUAAAUAGCUAGUAGUAUAUACAUAUUAACUGCCUGUAACUACAGAAGUAUAUAAAGCGUAGACGUUAAUAUUGAAUGUGAUUUCUGGUGCCUUUAGUUUUGCAACCUGAAACAGCUUGUGGAAAUUAUUAGUUAUCGUUACAUUUAUCUAUUAUAAAAGACAAAAUAUACCUAUGAAUAAGUUAAAUGUUUAAAUAGUCGUGACACCAAAUAUAGUUUCAUGUUUUUAAAUAAGUA